CAGAGCAGGUUUCAUCCUCUCUUCAUCUGCAGUGUGUGGCUGGUUUGUUCCUGUGCUUCUCUGUUAUGUUUAGCAGCAGUGCUUCCUCAUUGGGUUGCAGGACAGGAACUUCAUUAUGGUUCAUGAAGGACAUUCAAGCACCAACAUGAAGAUUAUUUGGCUCUUCUGUCUCCUGCUGUGGUGUGGAGCUGCAGAGAGUUUCACUGAUAAGAUGGUAGAUUUGGGACAAAAUGUGACCCUGCGCUGUGAGGUUGCUGUAAGGGAUGUAUAUUGGUACCUUAUGAAACCAUCACAUCCUCCUGUGUUUAUAUUACGAUCAUUCUCAAGUAAAAUCACAAUUCCAUUGUACAACAGCACAACAUUAAACAAACAAUUCUCACUGCAGCUAAAUAGUAGUUUAUUUAUACAAAAUAUCACUCUAAAAGAAUUAGGAAUUUAUUAUUGUAUUCAAAUAGAUACACCACCUAGAAUUAGCAAUGGCAUCAAACUUCACAGCAGACUGCACAAGGCAGAUAAUCAGAAUCAGACAUGUGAGUGUAAGCAGUUCCAGGAUGAGACACAUGAUGAAGAUGAAGAGAUGCGUCUCUGGAGAAACCUCCUCAUCACAUCAGGCCUGCUGAUCUGUGUUCUGGUCAUUGUAGUCACAGGUAUGACUGUAAGCCACUGCAAAGUGUCUCCAAACCACCUGCUGCAACCUCCAAACUCACGUCUCCAGAAGCACCACGCGCUCAGUGCUGUACAGAAUCAGUUUCCAGUGCUGCUACAGACAGAAGUGCAGACCAACUACAAAAGCAACACCUUCAUUUUAGUGGAGUUUAACCAGUUUAACCCUGGGCUGUAGGGCACACACGCAUACAGGCGCACGCGCACACACAGACACACACACACACACACACACACACACACACACACAUAUAUACACGCACGCACGCACACAUGCAUGCAGUAAUUUUAUACGCACCACACACACAAACAAGCUUGCAGCUCUUUGUUCUGGUCAACAUGUAGCAGAGUGAAAUGAACUCUAUCACAAAAGUGUGGUUACUCUGAGUCUGCACAUCAGCUGUUUCAUGCACAUUUCAGACAGACAGGGUUACUGUGCUGUAAGGCACACACACAUGCACACACAUACAUAAAUACAUACAUAC